AUAGAAGACGCGUAGAAAUAGGGACUCUCAGCUGUAUUUGUGCCUAGUUUUGUUGACUUUGAAACAUGCAUCUUAUUGCUGUCUUUUUCUUGUUAGCCACAAUUCUUACAAAAGUAUCUUCUUUCUGUCCUUCUCAGUGCACGUGUGCUUUCCACAGUAGGAGUGACGGCACUGGAACCAGGUCUGUAUUAUGUGAUGACCCAGAUAUGUCUGAGAUCCCUGUCAAUGUUCCAGUGGAUACAGUUAAACUUCGCGUUGAGAAAACUGUUGUUCAACAACUUCCACGGGAAGCAUUUUAUUACCUUGUGGAUCUAAAAUAUCUCUGGCUGACAUAUAAUGCCAUCAGUACCAUAAACCCUCAAAGCUUUUAUAAUUUAAAAGAACUCCAUGAAUUGCGCCUUGAUGGAAACAUGCUGUCUACCUUUCCUUGGGAUUCACUGCAGGAAAUGCCAAAUCUUCGAACUCUUGACUUGCACAAUAACAGACUGUCAACGAUUCCUGCUACUGCAGCUCGAUAUCUGAGAAAUAUAACCAAUUUAGAUAUAUCUAGUAACAAACUCACUACACUGCCAUCUGACUUGUUAGAUAUUUGGCCUGCACACUCAAGAUAUCAUGAGUUUGAUAAAGAUCCAAUGAAGAGAGUAAUUCUAGGUAUGGUGUACAAAUGUAGUAUUCUUUUGUCAUGGGUGAGCAUUGUCUACGCCUGUGAGGCUUUGCUUUUCCAUAGUGUUGACACUGACUCUUGGUAUCUGGUAUUUGACCAAUUGAACACAUUAAUUUUUUAA